AUGGCCUCAACAAAGGGCCUUCCAGUCGAAAUCUUCCAGCAAAUAUAUGGAUACCUGGGACCAAAGGACUUCAAUGCUGCUCGGCGCACAUGCCGAGCAUGGAUGGAGGCCAGUCUGGAUAGGAGUCUGCUGACGGUAAUGCUGGAGAGGGGUGGAUGGACGGGCGAGGAUACCAGCAAGGGAUGGCAAAUGCUCAGCUGCCAACUUGCCAGAGAAUGUGCCUUGGCGCCAGGCCGGGCUGGGGUGGAAACAGAGGCAGUAUUCACCAAGAGCUCAGAGGUGGAUUUCAGCGGGCUGAGGGACAGCCAAGUGGGCGGUAGUAGUAGUGAACUAAUAUUCACCACAAGUACCUGCUCGCGGUUUCUGUGCGUAGCCCAGGGAGCGCUGAUCCGGAUUUACCAGCUCGACGCUGGCCGUCCGGUAUACAUGGCAAGCGUCGAAUGCCCAGGACGAGUACUGGCCAUGGCCAUGGGCCCAUAUGGCGGUAGUAGUAGAUACGCCAUUGCUGCCAUCUUGGAAGGCCGGGUGGGUAUGGUGCGAAAACUGGCAGAAGAGGUGUUUGGGCAUGGCCCACAGGAGGAAGAGCAGGAGCGUACGCAGUUCAACACGAUUGAUAUCGUGUCAAACAGCGAGAGGAUAAGCAUCACGGGCGCCAACAACAGUGCUCUGUAUGAGCACAACCUGGUCAACCAGACGUGGAACUUGGUCGAAGACGACUCGACCAUUUACAGCGAUCUGGGCUCCGAGGAUGACCCACCACGGAGCGUCGCUCUAUGCCCCCAAGGCCAGUGUGUAGUUUUUGGCUGUUCAGAAGGGCUGGACGUACAAUGGAUCGACUCCCCUUCAGGCCAAAGUCUCCAUCGCUGGGUUCCCUCCACAGCCCCAAACGACCACGUCUACGUGCGCCCACGACGACGACCAGCCCACGAUUCGUCAAACAUACUGCGUAUCCUGUCCAGUCCCGCCCACCACGCCAACCGCCCUUGGCUAAAACGCAGACUCUUCCCCAACGCCCACUGGCACGGCUCCUCCAAAUACGAAAUUGCAUCUCGCCAGCCAAACCCCACAGGCUACUACGACUACGACGACGACGACUACUACUACUACUACUACAACCGCAUCCCCCUGAACGACAACGGCUCCCACGUCCUCUUCGUCGACCAGAUCAGCAACCGCCUCGUCCUAGGCACCGACGACCUCGCCCGUAAAAUCGAAUUCGUCCCCCCGACAAACGGGGAAGCACCACCAAAGCUCUACCGCGCUGCAGCAGACAUGUCCCAGGGCGCACGCAUAGUGGCCGUCUACGACGAUACCAUCAUUCUAUACUCCGUCCCACGCCGUGUAUGCCGCUUUUCUCCCACCGAGGGCCAACCAGAUGGUUUACUCCAACAUGAUACUAACCACUGGCUCAACUGGUGGGACGAACCGCGUGCGAAUGGCGAGACUGGCGCGGUGCAUCAUCAGGAGGGACCCACGUGGCCGCUUUCUCUACGCGGUACCCGCAUAACUACGCUGGCGAAUGUUUGUGAGAUUUCCGUGCAGACAAGUCCGUGUCUUGUUAUCUCGGCGGUUACGGAUGCGGGCAAGUGCGAAGUUUGGAGGUUUUCCAAGCAUGAGGGAGGCAUUGGGGGUGGAGAAGAUGGUCGUGUGUCAAGGGGCUCGUUGAAUCAGGCUUUCCAAGGUAAAGAUUGUUCAUAA